AUGAUCAAGCUAUUAACCGUACUGGUGGCAGUAAUAGCAAACCGCCAAUACUGCCGCCAUGUGAUGCCAACGGGGGCCAUCGUCACCACCCUGCAGCUUUUUGCCGCGGCGGAUCGUACGGAGAGAGCUUUUUUCCCCGCACAUCAAAGCGCCGCCGCCGGCGUGUGGUUUUUGCGACCGCACGCGAGCCGAAGGACUGAUUCGACGUUUUAUGCGACUAGUGAACAUUAUGUGAAGAGCAACGCACUCACCUGCUGCUCCGACGCGACCUCCUCCCUGCUACUGUCAUCUGAAACAACGGACAAACGAAUUGAG